AUGUCGGGCGCGACGAACGAGAAGUCGGGCCCUGCCAGCAACCUCACGGCGAGGACCCCGGGAAACCGGGUCGGUCUCCGAAGUGCUUCCGAGCUGUGGGCGGGAUUCUUAACUGGCGCCGUCCGCGACACCGCGUCCGCAAAGACAUAUCUUAUCAAGAAGAAUUAUAUCCUAGAGACAGAAAGAAUCACCCUCGGAAAGUUAGCGGAUGCCUUAAUGGCCACCACAAAAGAGACUGCGGGAAAAACCUGGAAGGAAUCCGUGCAAGCAGUAGCCUUUCUCCUACGAGACGAGGAAGUAUCAGGAGUGACCGACUACUUAUGCACUGCUGUAGAACAACGGAUCGAGAGCCUGGAGCAAGCGACACUCACGAAGAUCGAUGCGCUCGUAACAAAGGUAACAUCACAAACAGUUGCUUCUACUGAUUCUGCAGGAACGGCUACCUACCGUAAUGCACUCCUGCGACCUGGAACCAACUACGUCACACCAACGGUAACACCAGUGAUAGCGCGGGCCACGGCACAAGCCAAGAUACGAGCACGACAGAUCCUUAUCGAUAUCGCUGACCCAGUGGCACGAACUGACAUCCUUAAGCUCGCUGACAAGGUCUUAUUCGAUAAGGCAAACAACAUCAUCCGCGAAUUCUGGCCUGACAAGCAAGGGCUGUGUGAUAUCACGGCCGCCUCAAAGCUAUCUACGGGCGGUAUCCUAUAUGAGAACUCGGACACCUUCGAGGAGCAGUACCACCCGACAGCGGUGGUGAAGGAUCGACAACCAUGCGCUGUCCUCACCGAAUUCGUGCCAAUCCAGUUUGACCCUGACCGCUCCGAAGACCUACGAGAAAUUGAAGAAGUCAACGAGUACUAG